CAUUAUGGUACCCCGGGCCGUGGUGACUAGGUGUGAUAACGCUUCCUCCCGUACCAAACCGGCUUCACUCACUGAAACAUCAUUGUUUCAAACAUCUGAAACAUCAAACUGAGACAAUCUCAGUUUGAAGUCUGGCUUGGGCAGAGAUAUCGCGCGAUACCCAAGCAAAAUGUGAAAUUUAAUUGCGAUAUCUUGAAGUUUGAACCACCAGAGCGCCACUGACAAGUUCACUCCACGAUAUCCGAAGCGAGGCUCAUAGUUAUCGUACAUAAUCUCGUGAGAUCGUAGCGAGUUCGUUCGACAAUCAGGAAAACUUUAGCAACUUCAACGAUUCUGUCUGACCUCUUUAGCGGAGUGCCCCGCUGCCCUGCAGUGAGGCUGUGCAGUGUGUAAGUGGCACAGUGACUGUGCCACAGUGACGAUACACUACAGUGAAACAAGGUACUCAGUUGCUUUGAUGAAUUAAGUGACACGCAUUACUCUUCAGGCAUUAAGUGUCUUACUAAAAAUAUGAUUCGCUUGAGUGAUUUACUAAAGUGGAAAUUUGAUAAAUACUCGAAGCAUUAGGCAGAUGUACUAGAGAUGUACAAAAGGGCAAAGAUGUGUCACUUAUAUAGUUUUAAGUGCUGAAGCAGAGCUCACCUAAGUAAUGAAAGUGCGCUUAACCAAUGGACUAAAAUGAUCAACAGAAAAGUACCAGAGAGAGAGAACUAGGAGGACGAGGAGGACGAGGACGAGGAGGACGAGGACAAGAAUGGCGAGGAAUGUGAGCUACAAUAACUGCAGCAGAUGGCCAGGGGAGGAGGAGGAAGCGAGAGGUCUUCACGAGGUGUACAAGGCAGUGUUCCAUGUGGUGUUCCCGGUGCUCAUCACCGUCGGCGUCAUCACCAACGUCCUCAACCUUGUGGUCCUCACUCGUCCCAUGAUGAGGAACAGGGCCUACAGGUGGCUGCGGUGCCUGGCUACGGUGGACAUCAUGCUCUACCUGCUCACCAUCCCCGUGUGUCUGGCCAUGGGCGGCCACGGACCCACCACCCACACCCUCGCCUUCUACUACGCCCACUUCGGGUGGGCGCUCAGCAUAUCCUCGCAGAUCCUCAGCUUCUACCUGAUGAGUUGGUUCGCCUACGACAGGUUCCUGGCCGUGUGCCGCCACGACAAGUACCCCGACAGCCAGAGGGCGCUGGUGUUCGAGUGGCGGGUGGCGGGAAGCCUGGUGUGGGUGAUGGCACUGUACGCCCCCACGGCGGCAGUGGGGCAGGUGUGCCAGGUGGCCGAGGGCUGGGUGCCACUUGACGGCUACACGCUGGGUAUGGGUAAGGUGUGGUAUCGAGGGUACUCCUGGGUACGGGAGAUAUUCUCACGGGUGGCGCCCGCCGCCGUCCUCACUUUCUGCAACGUGAAGAUCGCUUACCGCCUGAAGCACCUGCGCAGCAUCCGUGACAGCUUCGGCAGCGGCGUCCCCCCCGCCAGGCGGGAACGGGAGAGACGCCUGGUGCUGCUACUCUUCUGGGUGACGGCGUUCUUCUACCUCUACAACACGCCCGUCACCAUCUACUACUUGGGGUUCCUGAACUACAGCCAGAAGCACACCUACUCCCUCCUCACCUUCGGCGCCAUCAGCAACAUGCUACAGAUGAUGGGCAACAUCUCCAAUUCCAUUCUUUAUUUCCUCAUCAACCCAGACUUCCAGCGCACUCUACGGGCCCUCCUGCACCUGAGGGUCCCUCCGGGCGCCAGGGACCAGGGCCGAGACAGCAUCAGGUCCCAAGGUUCCUUCAAACUCAAACUCGGAGUUAGUCUUGGCCUCAACGGCAACAACCAAAUUGAUUCUGGACUUCAGCCCGACCUGCCGCCUCCUGCCACUCCGGUCUACAGGAGUUAUAACUCUUAACAUUACCAACACCAGAGGGUCAAGUGUGUGCAAUGAGAGACGUCUGCCCAACCGUCUCCUGCCCCCAGGCACUCUUACGGUGAGGGUCGGAGUCUGAGGACACACACACGGCUCCUGGGAACUGGGGUCCUUCAUGGUGUCGCAUGACAAGACCAUCACAGUGCUGAAGUUGUUAAUGCCGGCCAGAAACUGGUGUCCAGUAUUCCCUGAUUGAUCUCUGCGCCUCAUCAAUCGGUGAUGCUAACUACUGCACCACGGUGCUGUGUGUGGGGAAGUCAGUCACUCUCUCACUGGUCAGGAACACAGCAGAUCAAACCCCAAGAUCAGUGGAACACUCAACAUCGACAGAUAUAAUUAUUUACUCGAAUCAAAGAUCAAUUGAGUCCUUAGGCUAUGACGCAGGUUAACAGUAUCAAUGGCGCACAGAAUCAAAUUGAGUCCAACAUCAAGUGACGUUCAGAAUUAAAUAAAAACAAAGGCACUGUGUUCUGUUAAUAUAGCCCUUUAAACUUUCUAAGUUCUGACACAUUUCUGGCUAAUAUCAACUAAAAAGAAGAUAAACAGUUUUAUAUUAUAAAAAAAUAUUAGUAAUUGUGAUAUCAUUAUCAAAAACAUUUAAUGAAAAUAAUGAAUACGAGGCUGUAAUUGAUAAUUUUCUUCACAAACUCUCUCUGUAUACAUUGCAUUGCCUUUUAUUUUCAUGAGAAUUUAAAUGUUGAUCCAAUUUUCAAGACCUGACAUCAAUAUUAAAAAUUAAUUUAUGUGAAAUUAUUUUUAUCCAAGGUAGUAUAUUGAAUAUUUGUUUAAGUUUUUCUAGUUUACAUAUUUUUAUCUCAUUCGCAAUGAAGACAUUUAUUUGGUCUUUUUUGAAAUAUAUUAGAAAUCCCGAGUACCAAGUCGAUCAGAAAUGAAGACCUGAGCCUGAGAACGCUGGCUAGUGGUCUAGCACGUGUUUACAUGCAGGUGUUUAAAGGAAAAACACCUGCGGGGUGACGUGCACUACCAAGGAGACACCCUGGCGAGCCAACACGCGUAAUAACAGCCUGGUGUAACACAACUUAUCUGAGGCUAAAUAAUGCUGUCAUUUUACAAUUAAUCUUUUAAUAAUGAAUGAAACUGUCUAAAUUUAGCCUAAUAAAACUGCCCAGUGAUGUUCAUUAAUUAAGAUAUAUAAACUUUAUAACAAAGUCUUGAAAUAGAUUUUUAGUCUGUAGCUAAGUAUUUAAAAUUCUAUGCUAAUCAUACAUGUAAAAACUCGCAUAUUUGUAAAACAUAGAAUAUCAGUGUUCGAAAUCAUUAAUAUCCGGCGCCAAUGAACAUUUGUACUUCAUUAGCGAAACUUCGGGUAACAGGAGAACAAAUUGUAUCAUCACUGCGGUCCUGUUCAGCUAUUGGUCAAAACUAAACAAAAGCAGAGCAUUAAUGCGCACCUGGGCGCACUGAUAAUUGGGGCAUGUUUUAGUGUUGAUAUUACCGUCAAUCCAGUAUUCUAAUAUUGUAUUAAUUCAAAUAAUUCACUGGAAUAUAAAUAAUAUAAUACACUUUUGUAAAUAAUAAUCAAUUAAUUUUUAUCAUUUGUUGUUGUUGUUGUUUUAGAUUCAGCUACUGGGAACAAAAAGUUGUAAGUAGCACGGGCUAUGGUGAGCCCGUAGUGGACUUACCUGGUACAGGAGCGGGGUAAGUUAGAAAUAUGUGUAGAAUAAUAAACUCCACAUUGUUAGAGUUAGGGAAACACUAUUUCUCAAAUAUUGAUACUGUUCUUAUAACAUUCCCCAUUUUGCACCCGCAAGAUAAUGUAAGAUUUUAAGGGUUGUCAGAUGUUAAUCUUCUUGUUUGAGGAGCUGUUCACUUGAGACAGUU